UGGUUUUUAAAUUUUUGUAUGGUUUUGCUUUUAAGCAUUGAAGUUGGAGUCAGAAAACCUGUCAUCUUCUCUUGGCUCUUUCACUAACUGGCACAUGCUCCUGGACAAUACUCUUUAUUGUGCCAUAGCACAUGGAUUUCAGGACUAGCUGUGAAGAGACAAAGACAGGAAUUUGUUUGCUGCAGGAUGGUAAUCAGGAGCCUUUCAAAGUGCGACUGCACCUAGCCAAAGAUAUUUUGAUGAUCCAAGAGCAGGAUGUGAUAUGUGUGUCUGGCGAGCCUUUCUAUUCUGGUGAAAGAACGGUGACCAUUAGAAGACAAACUGUAGGAGGAUUUGGAUUAAGCAUAAAGGGAGGAGCGGAACAUAACAUUCCAGUUGUAAUUUCAAAAAUUUCCAAAGAACAAAGAGCUGAACUUUCAGGACUGCUCUUUAUAGGAGAUGCCAUUCUUCAGAUUAAUGGAAUUAAUGUGAGAAAAUGCAGGCAUGAAGAAGUGGUUCAGGUUCUUCGGAAUGCAGGCGAAGAAGUAACCCUAACUGUGUCAUUCCUAAAAAGAGCACCUGCUUUUCUCAAACUGCUGCUGAAUGAAGAUUGUGCAUGUGCUCCAAGUGAUCAGAGCAGUGGUACAUCUUCUCCUCUUUGUGACAGUGGUUUGCAUCUCAACUACCAUCCUACCAACACGGAUACACUAUCAUGCUCUUCAUGGCCAACUUCACCAGGUCUGAGAUGGGAAAAGAGAUGGUGUGACCUUCGAUUAAUCCCCUUACUUCACUCACGUUUCUCCCAGUACCUCCCUGGAUCAGAUUUGUGUCGACAGAACGCAUUUCAAGUAAUUGCUGUGGAUGGGGUUUGCAGUGGAAUAAUUCAAUGUCUCUCUACUGAAGACUGCAUCGAUUGGCUACAAGCAAUAGCAACAAAUAUUUCAAACCUCACAAAGCACAAUAUUAAAAAAAUCAACAGAAACUUCCCUGUAAACCAGCAGAUAGUCUACAUGGGCUGGACUGAAGAACGAGAACAAGAUUCACUUCAAGAUAGGAAAUACACGCCAAAGUUUUUAGCACUGAGAGGCUCUUCUCUUUAUAAAUUUCUGGCACCUCCAGUAACCACUUGGGACUGGACACGAGCAGAAAAAACAUUCUCAGUUUAUGAGAUUAUGUUUAAAAUCUUCAAGGACAGUGAUCUACUGGACCGUCGGAAACACUGCUUUGGGGUUCAAUCAGAAACUGGAGAGGACCUCUACUUUUCAGUGGAGUUAGAGUGUGACCUUGCUCAAUGGGAGAAAGCCUUCCAAACAGCAACAUUUUUAGAAGUUGAAAGGAUACAGUGCAAGACCUAUGCCUGUGUAUUGGAAAGUCAUCUAAUGGGACUAACUAUUGACUUUAGUAUGGGAUUUGUCUGCUUCGAUGCUGCAACAAAGGCUGUACUUUGGAGGUACAAGUUUUCUCAGCUUAAAGGUUCUUCAGAUGACGGCAAAAGCAAAAUCAAAUUUUUGUUUCAGAAUCCAGAUACUAAGCAGAUUGAAGCAAAGGAGCUGGAGUUUUCCAAUCUGUUUGCUGUUCUCCAUUGUAUUCAUUCCUUCUUUGCUGCCAAAGUAGCUUGUUUGGACCCUUUAUAUUUAGGCAACCAGGCCUCUGCCUCAGCUUCUACUUCUGCUUCCUCUGCUGCUACUGGCAAAGUAAAAUAUACAACUUGAUACCCAAUAUUUCAUACUGCCACAAAUAAACUGUGUACAAAUAUUCAUCACUACAGACCCUGGAAAAACCACAAAUUCACUAAUCCAAGAGACAAGUUCAUACUGCAGUUUUGGCAAAAGAAAUGUCCCAAUGGAUCACAAACUACUCUCAGUUCUGCAAGACAUCUGUAAAUAACCCUAGCUGAAAACCCAGCAGAGGAUCGAUAUGCUUUUACAGUGAUCUAUUUGUACCAACCUACCACUUUAAGCAAAAGUAGAGACAAAAGAAUUAAUAACAUGAAGAAACACAAAUAUGGAAUAAAAUUUUCAACUGCCCAAUAAGAAACUACAAAUGGAAUGGUCAUUUUCUUGUUUCCAGGUUAUUUUUUAUGACAAUGUGCUAGACCCUGAAUCUGAACAAUAUCCCAACUAUGUAUUAUAAGUGACAUAAAGCAAGAAAAAGACAGAUCCCUAUGGCUACAAGGAGACUAGCAUGAAAAACAUUUGUCUAAAUAUCUCCUCAAAGAAGAAAGCACUUUAAUUCUUAUUAUAAAUUUUUACCUAUACCCCUGCUCCAUAGUGUAUGUAACACUGUCAUUCUGUUCUCAUUGUUUUAUCUUUAGUCCUUUGUAAUCCAUCUGUAACAGAUAAUCAUGCUGAUUCAUCACAGACAAAAUAUGAAAUGACUUCUUGGAUCACUGCUGUAAUAACUUUCCAGACAUAGGCCUUAAUGCCGAUUGAAAAUGAAAUACACAUCAUUUUAGUUAUAUGUAAUGUAACUGGAUUUGGUAUUCAUUUUUUCUAUCUUUAUUGUGGGGAAAUUUAUUUUUAUUCUAAUGUACUUUAUUGACCUAAUUGAAAUAGCCUAGUGUCUGUGACCCAAUGAAAUUUUCAUUAUUAAAAAGGUUAGAAUAUAUAAGAGAAAACAGGAGAGGGAGUCUUUGUCAUUCAGAUUUGAUUAAUCAAUCAGGUACUCAGAUUUACUUACAAAACAGUCUUAUAGCCAGGGAUUUGUUAGUUCAAUGGCAUGGCUACUUUAUAAUAUCACUAUUAGAGGAAAAUGAAAUAAGUAAGCUAUGAAGAUAGAACAAUAUUAUCUUACAGACAUUUCACUCUCUGAAGAUUGCAUCUUGCUCAUAAUACAAGAAUGUAUUGUAUAUUCUUGAUGUUUUGACUCAUGGUGAAUGUAAAAAUGGAGGAGCUGUAAAUUUGGAAUAGUUAGUGCUUCUACCACUGGUCAGAUUUCAAAAACACACUACUUGAAUACCCUGGACCAUCUUCUUGGUUCUAAGCUAUGGCUUUACUGGGAGCAUCGUAUGAAUAUUCAAGCCUCACCCCUCAUUUUUUUUUUCAAAUUAAUUUUGCACAAACACACGCUUGUGAAUAUGACAAAAUGUUUACUAUGUGUGUGUGACCUAAUAUUGAAAAAAGAUGGAAAAUCUUUUCUUUAAAGCAAAGAAGGCUCCCUUAAAAGAGAGUUUAAACCAGAACUCUAUUUAUAGAGAGUACAUGAAAUUUACAUUCAUAUUUUAUUGUUUCCAUUGAUUUUAUGAAUAUGAGUAACUAGUGAUUAUUUUAUUUUAUUCCUGAAUGGUUCUCAAAUGUGCUGAAUGGCAAACAUUUCUAAGGACCAAGAAGAACCAGCAAAGAAAGUAGAAUUUUCCACUUUUAAAGCAUUUUCUUAUAACUCAUUUACUGUAGGAUAUCACUGAAUUCAACAGUCAGUUGUUGCUUAUUAGGCAAUGGUGAGCUUUGCUUUCAAUUUUUUGAUAUUGUUUUUAAACCACUCUGCCUUAGCUCUUUGAAGGUUUGGGUCUAAUAAUAGUAUGUUGAGUGUGUUUGGAAUGUAUGCCAUAAUUGACAUGCGAUCUAAAUGUUUUAUGUCUUGAAGAAUUUAGUUAUGAAAAUAUUUUCUAAGUAUGUGGUUAUUGUUUCUCAUACAUAUGUAAGGUGUGCAAAAUUACCUUUCCAAUACAUAUAUGAGGAAGCAUACUUUCCAAAGGUUCUAAAUGUGAAGCAAUCAUAAUUUAAUGAAAUUUAUUGGAAAAUAUCUUUUGAGUUAUUGAUAAAAAGUAACCUUCAUGAAUAACCCAAUUUCAACAUGUUAUAUUUUCUUCUGUAGUUCUAUUUUUAUUAGUUUUAAUUCUGAAUGGCUAGAACAUUCAAAUUACAUAGCACAUGUUUAUGGUGUUCUGCAUAGAACAACCAUUUGGGAAUCAAGCUAGUUAGUCUAAUAUUAUCAGGUAGCUGAAUAAUGGUUGUUGAUUUGAGCUUAUCAACCAAAAUACUUGCAUAUACUUUUUUUUUUUGUAUAUAUAUUUAGGAGACCAGAUCAGUUUACCAGUCACAAUUCAAUUGAAUUAUAAAUGGUCAGCCGGGAAAAUUUUGUGGAUUUGAUCUGAGGCAGAAGUAAUUAUUUAAUUUCUAAAAGCUGAGAUAGAAAUAUGCUCUAUAUUUAUUAAUAUCCUUUUUCCAUCUGAAAAUUCAUAAUGAUAUCUUUUAACUAAGGUAUAUUGGUGAUAUUUGACAUAAAAAAGUAAAAAGUCUUAAAUGUCAACAUUAAUUUUUAACUUUUUUCAAAUCAUAUAAAAUUGUGACCUAAAAA